CCGUGGAGACGCCGGGCGAGUUCCGGGGAGUCGGGUUUGCGGGUGGCCCCGGGGUGUUCGCGCGGCUGCGGUGAGCCGGAGGAGGUGGAACCACGCGGGAAGGCCGCGGCUCUCGGCAUCUUCACGGCCGCGGGGCCGAAGCCAGGCCGGAGACCCGCCGGCACCGGACCAGGCCUUCUGCCCAUGCCGGCGACUCCCGCCGCCGCCCCGAGGUGCCCUGGGUGGGUCACGGAGACUGCAGCGCGAAGCCAUCCCUUUCUGUGCGUCCUUUCACUCACCUUCACCGCAGCCCAGCGAGGGGACUGUGGACUGGCACAUCCUCUACCAGUGAUGGGAAGUGACCCUCCAUGGUGGUGCUGAACCUCUGAACAUGAUUCGAAUUGCAGCCUUAAAUGCCAGCUCUACAAUUGAGGAUGACCAUGAAGGAAGCUUUAAAAGCCACAAAAUCCAGACAAAGGAGGCUCAGGAAGCAGAGGCUUUUGCCCUAUACCACAAGGCCCUGGAUCUCCAGAAACAUGACAGGUUUGAGGAGUCUGCCAAGGCCUACCAUGAGCUCCUGGAGGCGCGACUGUUGCGGGAGGCAGUUUCAUCCGGAGAUGAGAAAGAAGGGCUGAAACACCCUGGACUGAUACUGAAAUAUUCCACGUAUAAGAACCUGGCCCAGCUGGCAGCCCAACGAGAAGAUCUAGAGACGGCCAUGGAAUUCUAUUUGGAGGCAGUGAUGCUGGAUUCCACCGAUGUCAACCUUUGGUAUAAAAUUGGACACGUGGCCCUGAGGCUCAUCCGGCUCCCCCUGGCUCGCCAUGCUUUUGAGGAAGGGCUUCGGUGUAACCCUGACCACUGGCCCUGCUUGGACAAUCUCAUCACUGUUUUGUACACCCUCAGCGAUUACACAACAUGUCUGUACUUCAUCUGCAAAGCACUGGAGAAAGACUGCCGAUACAGCAAAGGUCUGGUUCUCAAGGAGAAGAUCUUUGAAGAGCAGCCUUGUCUCCGGAAGGACUCACUCCGAAUGUUCCUCAAAUGUGACAUGUCAAUUCACGAUGUGUCCGUGAGUGCAGCGGAGACACAGGCCAUUAUAGACGAGGCUCUGGGGCUGCGGAAGAAGAGGCAAGCUCUGAUCGUGCGGGAGAAGGAACCGGACCUGAAACUAGUGCAGCCCAUUCCUUUCCUCACGUGGAAGUGCCUUGGAGAGAGUUUGCUGGCUAUGUAUAAUCACCUCACCACUUGUGAACCCCCAAGGCCCAGCCUUGGCAAGAGGAUUGACCUGUCUGACUACCAGGAUCCCAGCCAGCUACUCGCACCCUCUGUAGAGGUCACACCUGUCAGUGUGGUCCAGCCAAGUCCUGUUAGCACCAACCCAGCUGUUGCUGUGGCUGAGCCUGUGCUGUCCUAUACCUCUGUGACCACAGCCAGCUUCCCAUUGCACAGCCCUGGCCUGCUGGACACAGGCGCUCCCAUGGGUGAUGUUUCCGGGGGAGAUAAAUCUAAGAAAGGGGUGAAGCGUAAGAAGACCGUAGAGGAAAGUGGGGAGACAGCCAAGCGGAGGUCCGCCCGUGUCCGAAACACCAAGUGCAAAAAGGAGGAGAAAGUGGAUUUCCAGGGCCUUCUGGUGAAGUUCCUGCCGUCCAGGUUAAGAAAACUGGACCCUGAGGAGGAAGAUGAUCCAUUUAAUAACUAUGAAGUUCAGUCAGAAGCCAAGCUGGAGAGCUUCUCAAAUGUGGGACCUCAUCGACUAUCCUUUGAUUCAGCCACAUUCAUGGAAUCUGAGAAGCAGGAUGUGCAUGAGUUCCUGAUGGAGAACUUGACCAAUGGCGGCAUCCUGGAGCUGAUGAUGCGCUAUCUGAAGAGCAUGGGCCACAAGUUCUUGCUGAGGUGGCCCCCGGGCCUAGCGGAUGUCGUUCUUAGUGUCUACCACAGCUGGAGGAGGCAUAGCACCAGCCUGCCCAACCCGUUACUGAGGGACUGCAGCAACAAGCACAUCAAGGACAUGAUGCUGAUGUCUCUAUCCUGCAUGGAGCUCCAGCUGGACCAGUGGCUACUGACCAAAGGCAGAAGCUCGACAGUGUCUCCCCGGAACUGCCCCGCUGGUGUGGUGACUGGCAGGUUUGGGCCUGACUUCCCGGGAACCCACUGCCUGGGUGACCUCCUGCAGCUGUCCUUUGCCUCAUCUCAGCGGGACCUAUUUGAGGAUGGCUGGCUGGAGUUUGUUGUCCGUGUUUACUGGCUGAAAGCACGUUUCUUGGCACUACAGGGAGACAUGGAACAAGCCCUGGAGAACUAUGACAUCUGCACAGAAAUGCUCCAGAGCUCCAGUGCCAUCCAGGCAGAGGCAGGGGCUGAGCAAGGGGACAUUGUCAUCCGGCUGCCCAACCUUCACAAUGACUCCGUUGUUUCUCUGGAGGAAUGGCGCCUGCUCUUGGUUCUUUGCUGCUGUCCUUGGUGCCCUCCCAGGCUCCGGCCUGAGGCCCAGUGUGCAGAGCUGACAGCAUACCUUCCAUGUGGUGUCUCCUGUGCUCAGGACUCGUUGCUCCGGCUGAAGGACCACAGGCAGUGUUUUGAAUGUUCUGACGUGGCUCUGAACGAGGCUGUCCAGCAGAUGGUGAACUCGAGCGAAUCUGCAGCCAAGGAGGAGUGGGUGGCCACAGUGACCCAGCUGCUGCUAGGUAUCGAGCAGGCGCUGUCGUCGGACAGCAGCGGCAGCAUCCUCAAGGAGUCCUCCUCUAGCACCGGCCUCGUCCGGCUCACCAACAACCUCAUCCAGGUCAUCGACUGCAGCAUGGCUGUACAGGAGGAGCCCAAGGAGCCCUAUGUGUCCUCAGUCCUGCCCUGGAUCAUCUUGCACAGGAUCAUCUGGCAGGAGGAAGACACCUUCCGUUCCCUGUGCCACCAGCAGCAGCUCCAGAACCCAGCAGACGAAGGGAUGUCGGAGAUGCCCAUGCUCCCGUCCUCCCUCAUGCUGCUCAACACAGCGCAUGAAUACUUGGGCAGGAGGUCCUGGUGCUGCAAUUCAGAUGGGGCGCUGCUGCGAUUCUAUGUGCAGGUUCUCCAGAAGGAGCUUGCUGCGUCUGCCUCUGAAGACACUCACCCCUACAAGGAGGAGCUGGAGACUGCCCUGGAGCAGUGCUUCUAUUGCCUGUACAGCUUCCCCAGCAAGAAGAGCAAGGCCAGAUACCUGGAGGAACACUCGGCCCAGCAGGUGGACCUCAUAUGGGAGGAUGCCCUGUUUAUGUUUGAGUAUUUUAAGCCCAAGACCCUACCUGAAUUUGAUAGCUACAAGACAAGCACUGUUUCUGCUGACUUGGCCAACCUCCUGAAAAGAAUUGCUACCAUCGUGCCCCGCACAGAGAAGCCAACUCUGAGCAUGGACAAAGUCUCUGCCUACAUUGAGGGAACCUCAACUGAGGUACCCUGCCUUCCAGAAGGGGCAGAUCCCACCCCUCCAGUGGUGAAUGAGCUCUACUACCUCCUGGCUGAUUAUCAUUUCAAAAACAAGGAGCAGUCUAAAGCCAUCAAGUUCUACAUGCAUGAUAUUUGCAUCUGCCCCAACAGGUUCGAUUCCUGGGCAGGCAUGGCUCUGGCCCGGGCCAGCCGAAUUCAGGACAAGCUGAACUCAAAUGAGCUGAAGAGUGACGGACCCAUCUGGAAACACGCCACACCUGUUCUGAACUGCUUCCGGAGGGCCCUUGAGAUUGACAGCUCUAAUUUGUCCUUGUGGAUUGAGUAUGGCACCAUGUCCUAUGCCUUGCACUCAUUUGCUUCCCGCCAGCUGAAGCAGUGGAGAGCCGAGCUGCCUCCGGAGCUUAUACAGCAGAUGGAGGAUCGGCGCGACAGCAUGCUGGAGACAGCCAGGCACUGUUUCACCUCUGCAGCCCACUGUGAGGGUGACGGCGAUGAGGAGGAGUGGCUCAUUCACUACAUGCUGGGCAAGGUGGCUGAGAAGCAGCAGCAGCCACCGACUGUGUACCUGCUGCACUACCGGCAGGCUGGCCACUACUUGCACGAGGAGGCCGCCCGUUACCCUAAGAAGAUCCACUACCACAACCCACCUGAGCUGGCCAUGGAAGCCCUGGAGGUGUACUUCCGGCUCCAUGCUUCCAUCCUGAAGCUCCUGGGCAAACCUGAUUCUGGGGUUGGUGCAGAGGUCCUGGUCAGCUUUAUGAAGGAGGCAGCAGAAGGACCUUUUGCCAGGGGCGAGGAGAAGAAUACACCCAAAGCUUCCGAAAAGGAGAAGGCCUGCCUGGUGGAUGAGGACUCCCACUCUUCAGCUGGGACACUGCCUGGCCCCGGAGCCUCCCUCCCCUCCUCCUCUGGCCCAGGUCUGACAUCCCCACCUUACACAGCCACUCCGAUUGACCACGAUUACGUCAAAUGUAAAAAACCCCAUCAGCAGGCGACGCCGGACGAGCGAAGCCAGGACAGCACCGCUGUGGCCCUGUCCGACUCCAGCUCCACUCAGGACUUCUUCAGUGAGCCCACAAGCGUGCUGGAGGGUUCUCGGAAGCCCUUUGCAGAGAAGAGGCUGGCCGGGCUCAGUGCUCAAGCAGGACCGACUGGUAAAGAUCUUCCGGGGCCCCCAGAGGAAAGAGGAAAAGCUGAGGAGUUCUUGGAGAGCACAGAGGCCUUCCGGGUUGUAGAACCAGGCAUCCAGAAGCCUGUGGCAGACUCCUCUGCUUGCAUCCCCAGCAAGCCCCCGGUGUCCACACCUCCCUUGUGGGAUGGGAAGAAGAGGGGUGACCCCCUAGGGGAGCCAGUGGCGGCAUCGGCUUUCCCCCAGGGACUGCCAGCAGGCGCCGAGGAGCAGCGGCAGUUCCUCACCGAGCAGUGCAUCUCCUCCUUCUGCCUGUGCCUGAGCCGCUUCCCGCAGCACUACAAGAGUCUCUACCGCCUGGCCUUCCUCUACACCUACAGCAAGACCCACCGGAACCUCCAGUGGGCCCGUGAUGUGUUGCUAGGCAGCAGUAUCCCAUGGCAACAACUGCAGCACAUGCCGGCACAGGGGCUCUUCUGCGAGAGGAACAAGACCAAUUUCUUCAACGGCAUCUGGCGGAUCCCCGUGGAUGAAAUUGACCGGCCAGGCAGCUUUGCCUGGCACAUGAACCGCUCCAUCGUGCUGCUGCUCAAGGUUCUAGCCCAGCUCCGGGACCACAGCACCUUGUUGAAGGUGUCCUCCAUGCUGCAGCGGACACCAGACCAGGGCAAGAAAUAUCUGCGCGAUGCUGACCGCCAGGUCCUGGCACAGCGGGCUUUCAUCCUCACUGUGAAAGUGUUGGAGGACACACUGAGCGAGCUUGCAGGGGGGUUAGAACACCCAGGACCCAAGGCCUGUGGCCUCUCUGGAGCCAGGAUGACCACCGAUGUCUCUCACAAAGCCAGUCCUGAGGAUGGCCAGGAAAGCCUCCCCCACCCCAAGAAGCUACCUCUAGCUGAUGGCUCAGGACCAGGGCCUGAGCCAGGGGGCAAAGUGGGCCCUCUCAACCAGUUACCAGUGGCCACAGCCACAAGGAACAGCACAGACCAGGGUGGGGAGCAGAAAGACAAGGAGGGUCCCCAGGCAGGGCCCACUGAACCCAUGGACACCAGUGAGGCUGCUGUUCGCCACCCAGACUUGGAACAGACAUCACCUCUGCUUCCAGGCCGCCCCCCAAGGGACCGGGGCCCCGAGAGCCGGUCCGCUGAGCUUUCCCUAGAGGAGCUGAGCAUCAGCACCCGACAGCAACCCGCUCCGCUUGCACCAACCCCGGUAACACCCACCACUGCUGCUACUCCCCCCACCAUGGGAGCUAGGGGAGGUGGCCACCCUGAAGAGGCACCUCCAAGGCCUAAUCGCAAAAGGAAACUCCUGGAGGACACAGAGUCGGGCAAGACGCUUCUGCUGGAUGCCUACCGAGUGUGGCAGCAGGGCCAGAAGGGCAUGGCCUAUGACCUGGGCCGCAUUGAGAAGAUCAUGUCGGAGACGUACAUGCUCAUCAAGCAGGUGGAUGAGGAGACCGCACUGGAGCAGGCUGUGAAGUUCUGUCAGGUCCACCUUGGGGCUGCUGCACAGAGACAGGCCUCAGGAGAUGCCCCCACCACCCCCAAGCACCCCAAGGACAGCAGAGAGAACUUCUUCCCUGCAACUGUGGCCCCCACAGCACCUGAGCCCUUGCCAACUGAUGCACUGCAGCGGCCCAGUGACUCCCACCUCAAGCCUCAGACUGCAUUGGCUGCGGCCACAGCUGUCGUCAGUUGCCCUCCCUCAGCAUCAGCCUCCACCCCAGACUUGUCCAUAGAUCCUGGAACUCCCCGGUCACACAGGCCAGAGGCUACCACCGGCAUGGCUUCCCUGAGGAGUCCUGAGGGAGAGGAGCUGUCAGGAGCGACAGAAAGUGCCAGCUUUCCACCCCAAGAACCACGGCACAGUCACCAGAUAAAAAUGGCUGCCACAGGUCCCCCGGCUGAACAGCACUGCUGGCCAGUGGAGGCUGCUUGCCAGACAGGUGCCGAGCCCACCUGCAGCCAAGCCACCAGCACUAAGGUCCCCAGCAGCGGAAGUACCCAGACACCUGAGAGCCAUCAAGGCAAGGCUGAGCCCAACAGGGCCAAAUCCCGCCUCCUGUCCAACAUGCCAAAGCUGGUGAUCCCCUCAGCCACCACCAAGUUCCCCCCUGAGAUCACCGUCACACCACCUACCCCGACCCUGCUUUCCCCCAAAGGCAGCAUUUCGGAGGAGACCAAGCAGAAGCUGAAGUCAGCCAUCCUGUCUGCCCAGUCAGCUGCCAAUGUGCGGAAGGAGAGCCUGUGCCAGCCAGCUCUGGAGGUUCUGGAGACGUCCAGCCAGGAGUCCUCGUUGGAGAGUGAGACAGACGAGGAUGAUGACUAUAUGGACAUAUGAAGGCCCCAGAGCCGCAGCUAGGCCUGGGACCCUGGUCCAGACCCUGGGCACGACCAGAAGCCUUCCCAUGUGAGGUCUCCUAAGCCUGCCCAGCCCCUCUUUACAACGCCCUGCCCCAGUGGAGGCUGUCCACACCCAGUGUGCUGGUCCAGAGGAAGAUGAGGCCUGUCUUCAGCACAUGAGGAUGAACUGGCUGUGGUCUGCACAGCGGGGCCGGCACUUGUUUUAUUUUGUGAAUAUUGACUUUCUUUACAAGCCCAUGUCCAGCUGCCCAGGCCCACAGUUCAGUGCCAAGAUAGGAUAGCUUGGGUUCUGGUGGAGACAUCGAGAGCCUAGCUCACACCAUACCUUUUUUUGUCAUUGUUGUUCUUUUCUAAUAAAGCUGAGAAAAUGCUC